AUGCCCAUAUACACGAGAAGAGACUUGGCACCUAUAGACUCGUCCAGCUACGGUAACAGCAACGCUUUCGAUAUAUCUAGCACCGCCCUUGCAGCAGUGGCCGUCUUGGUCGCCAUUUUGACGCUGCUCAAGAAAUGGAAAAUGUGGACGUACUUCCGAAGACGAAGAUGGGGCAACAAAAAAACAAGUGCAGUAGACCUUGAGAUGGAUAAUAGAAGCUUCAAUGGUGGUGGUAGUGGUGGGCGAUUUUCACUUAGCCAUCACUAUUACACGAGUGAAAAUGGCGUACGCAAUAUCCGAAUUUAUGUCAACAACAGCAGGACUACUACUAUUCACAACUUCAAUGCUACGGCUGCGGGGAACCGUGGUGGGGAUCAACACAUGAUGGCUUGA